GCCGAUGUACCGAUUCACUGGCCCGGAGCUGGAACCAAUCACUCAAGGCUCAUGCCGCUUCGCCAUCACACCAUAUCUCCUGCGGUCCACCAGCCACUUCUGAACCUCGACACCACACCACACAGCAUCACCAACAACCAUUAUACCAAGUACAGCCAAUGACGCUACUCUCUACUUUGUGUUCAUACAUCGAUCAAGAUCCUCCUCCUCGGCCACAUCGCUUCACGAGUCACCCGUCGUUCCAUGUGGUCAUCUUCAUGGUGGGCAAGGCCGCCGAGCAGUCCCCAAUUCUACUUCUUAGGGAGAGGGGGGUGCCUGGCUGGAUACGAACGACGAGAUGCGUCGACGUUCCAAGUCCGAGCUGCUGCCUCUGUGCCCACUAUUCCAGAAACUGAGAUGGCGACGGUCCAGACCACAAACGCAUCUGCGUUACAAAGGGGUUAAAGGCUAAAGUUUGAACAAAAGACCCUAUACUUCUCUCUGCGCCCCAACACGGCCAGCCUCUCGCAACAGGUGGCAAAGCCAAGUCUCUCGUCUCGAUCAUCCCCUCGUCUGCGCACAAUGCUUGCUUGAUCAGAUGAUUGGACACCCGUCGCGCCACCUGCCACAUCGUUGACUGGCGAUGUCGGACGACGGCCAGAUUUCGACCCUUGCAUCUUGGGGAGUCGCUAAGCGGUUAGCUCAGAGCCCACACGGCCCAUCUUUCUCCACAAAAGCACAUCGAACCCAUGGUCCGAAAUGGCUGCGAAGGCAUGGGAAGAAUCGCCGGUUAAUUUGCUGAUGCGCGCCUGGUCUCGAUGUUUUCUGGGGACCCCGGACUACUGGCCAUGUCUAGAAGGCUUGGGUGCGGGAGUCAGUGUGUGCUUUGCUGCCCGGCAUGUCACCGAACUCAUCAUUUGGCUUUCUCCAAAUCUGUCGAUUUUCUGUGCUCGACCCUUUGAGGACACACACUUCAUUCCCCUCACGGAAGCUGGGGUAUUUGGGGAACCCUGUCCACCUGUCUCUUGUGGGUGUGGCUCGUUAUAAUACCACCGUCUCUGCCUCCCGUCGCCCGUUGUUGCGGUUGCAACGUCCUGCCAGAUUUUAUCACUGACAUCGGCUGCGACUGAAUGUGACGGGAAGGUUAUUAAACCUCCGUCUUGUUACCGCAUAAUCGCGACUCUCGUAUAUCUCAUUCACUGUGUAUCCGAUACCACCUCCAUCUAACCAGCAAGAUGCUCGUCAACCAGCCCAUUCGUCCACGACCCAUCAAGACUCGGUCAAGAGCAGGUUGCAAAUAUUGCCGAGACAAGAGGAAGAAGUGCUCCGAAGAACAUCCGCAAUGCCUCCGCUGCGUGCAAGCCGGUGUCAACUGCGUAUACGAACCGAUCAAGAAGAGGAAGCGAAGAACUUCAACUAGGACAAUAGAAAUUCAAGAUGCCGCGGCAUCCGACGAUUCCGAUAGCCAGGCAGGCAACACCGACCUGCAAACGAGCCCGGACACGGCCAUACUCACUCCGCCUGAUGGACCGCGGGCUGACGCCGAGAACUCUCUUUCACCGUCGACAUCUGUGGACAACUGUCUUCCAGCCUCGAUAGACUCGGUUUUCCCUCUCUGCGAUGACGUUGAUGACUCUUACGCCUACGAUAUUGGAUACGGAAGUUCGGACAUGUACGAGAACGAAUACACAACAUUCACGGACAUGGGCUCCCGCCAGAAGCAGGCCGAGGCUCACUUACCACUUUCUCUUACGACUACGAACGAUGGUUUGCAAGCGCCAGAUGACUCUUUCUUUUCGGCCAGCCUCGAAAUGUCUUGGAGCGAACCAGCUUGGUCGACCGUUUCUCCGCCGUUAACCAGCCUGCUGCCGCCAGCGUACCACGGUGUCUCCGAAUGCCCGGAGGACACCGGUUUGCUGGAUCACUACUCGAAAGUGAUGCUGCCUACGAUGGGUUUCAAAGAGGACGUCAGCAACCCCUACGAGCAGCACAUACUCCCUCUAUCGCACAGGAGCUCUGCCGUCCGAAGCGCCAUCUACGCCCUGGCCAGUGCGCAUCGGGAAUAUCUUGGUCUCGAGAACACAGAGGGUUCCGCUUGUUUCCACGAAAGAGCCGUGGCUGGGCUAUCAGCAAUCAUCGAGGACGGCGAUGGGUUUGAAGAAGCGUUGGCUACCAUAGUGCUUCUUCUACAGUAUGACUUGCUGAUGCAACGAAGCCUGCCCAACGUUAUCCACAACCAUCUCCAAGGAGCAUGGCACAUUAUCAGCGCCAUGGCUUCUCCAAAGCCGGCCAGCGUUGAGUUUUUCGAGCAGGUGUUCCGCUACUUUGACGUCCUGAAUGCCUUGACGAACGGCUCGUCGCCUGUCUUUGCGGCCCCUUCAUCCAAUCGAGCCUACUCUCCCGGCAGCUCGCCACCCCCCAUUAUGUUCAGCGGCAUCGACCCCGUGUUCGGCAUGGCCGACGACCUUUGGCCCACCCUGCAUCGUCUCGGGGAACUCAUCACGAUGAAGUGCGAACUCCAAGCCGCCAUGGCAACGGGCCAGGCAUCCAAGUUCGCAGUCCUCCGCACCGAGUACCAGACAACCUUCAAGGCUAUCGAGAGGGCCUUGGAAUCUUGGGGUCCGAUCUUGCCACCGGGUUUCUCAUUGGUCAACCGCAUCGUCGACGGGCCCGAGGACGCGUCUGAGGCCGAGCUCGCCAACAUCAGGUGGAUCACGAGCACUGCGCUUGCCUACAGACAGAGCGCGCUGGUCUACCUGUACAGCACCAUCUCCGAGUACCCUUCCUCGCACAGCCUGGUGCAGAAGCACGCGCAGGCCGCGCUGUGGCACUGCGCGGCGGCCGUGUCGCACGGCGGGACGGGUCAGUCGAUGCUGUGGCCGCUAUUCUUCUCGGCCUGCCACGCCAUAUGCAGCCGGGACCGGGGCCUCGUGCGGCAGGCUUUCACGUCGCUCGGCGGCAAGAAGGGGGCGGUAGAUACAGAGAAGCCUUGGGCCGUGGUCAUGGAUGUGUGGAGACGGAUGGACAUGCGAGCCUAUGGCAAGGAACAGGUGGGCGCGGAGGCCUGUCCGGACUUGUGGAAGCAGGUAGCGGCGAGCAUGAAGUUCGGCCUCGUGUUUGGCUGAGAGGGCGGACGAGCAAGCAGCUCAUGUAAAGUUCGACAGGGGACGGGAGGAAGUGUACGAGCACACGGAUGUGGGAAGCCCCCUUUGGACCUGCAACAUCUACCGGGGGACGUUUGUCACGAUAUCACGACGGAGAGACGGCGAACACUGUUACGGCAUUUUAACGGAUACGAUACCAUGGGAGGAAAAAGGAGACUUGGGUUAACGGAGAGGGGAGGGCGAGGGGGCGAAGAUUGAAUAGGCUGGGCGCUGGGCGCCGGGAAAAAGGGGUCAGAUCGAUGCUUGAAUAUAUCA